CGAACUUCCGUUUCUCCACUGCUCUCGUUUGCAGACUCCCGCGGGAGCUUGGAGCCCGGUCGGGGGCGGGUCUUCCGGGAGAGGGGCGCGCAGGAGAGGAAAGUCGCGAGUAGGGACUUUUGCUCCUCGCUGCUCAAGAAAUGUCUUCACUUUCAGAAUAUGCCUUGCGCAUGACUCGUCUGAGUGCCCGGCUGUUCGGUGAGGUUGCCAGGCCUACUGAUUCCAAAUCCAUGAAGGUGGUGAAACUGUUCAGUGAGCAGCCUCUGGCCAAGAGGAAGGAGACUUACGACUGGUAUCCAAAUCACAACACUUAUUUUGCGCUCAUGGGGACGCUGCGUUUUCUUGGCCUCUAUAGAGACGAGCAUCAGGACUUCAGGGAUGAGCAGUUGCGUCUAAAGAAGCUUCGUGGCAAGGGGAAACCAAAGAAAGGAGAAGGGAAAAGAGCAGCAAAAAAGAAAUAGUGUUCGUCCAACAGGAGAACAGAGUUCUUUCUCAGCAACUGACAGCAGAAGAAGGUGUAUUUCUCUUUCCAUGUAUUAGAGGAAUGGAAGCUUCUGAGAUUGAAGAUUAUUUGGAGGAACAUGGUCAUUUCUGUGUUGAAGUCCAAUCCAGUUGAAUUGUGAUUGGUUUCCUGGACACAUUCUAAUUCUGCAAAGUUAUUUUGGCCUUGGUUUUAUACUCUGAGGUUUAUCUCUUUCCCUAAAGAAAUGGAUGCACAGGUGAUUGAAGAAUGAAUCAUUUGGGAUAGGAAUGCGAUUUUGGGGACCUGGGGGGAAACUCAUUAAAUGAGCAUCAUUUAGUCUCCCCAGGAUCCCUUCUUGCUUCCCCGCUACACCAGCCCUGAACUCUGCCAUCGCUCUGGCCAUUCAACCACUGUCUCCAUCACAAAGCUCACAAACUUUGUGUACCUCUCCACCUACUCCUUAGAGAGUAUCUGCUAAGACAGAUUUGUGGGAAAAGGCUGUACCUGCUAAGAGAAUACUGAGUGACUACCUGCUGGGGCCCUACUAAUACCAUGGUUAGCAAGAGAAAACAGUCCCUACCUCAUUCAGGCUUGUGGGAAAGACUAAUAUCAUUACAUAAAUAAAAUUGUAUUAAAUGCUACAAAGGAAAAGUCCAGAUUUCUUGCAGGAGUGUGUGGAUCAAUCAAUGGCUCAAUCCAGAGCAAGAGACCCCACCUCAAGAGUUUAAAGAAGGCCUCCCUAAAGAGAUGGUGUUGAAGCUGAGCUCUGCAGGAUGAAAGAGAAGAGGAGGUACCUGGCUGGCUCAGUCAGUAAAGCAUGCAACUCUUGAUCUCAGGGUCAUGAGUUCGAGCCCCACAUGUGGUAUAGAGUUUGCUUAAAAUUAAGGUGCUCCUGGUUGGCUCAGUCGGUAGGGCAUGCGACUCUUGAUCUUGGGGUUGUGAGUUCAAGCCCCACGUUGGGUGUAGAAAUUACUUAAGAAAAAUCUUAAUAAUUAAGAAUUUUUUUUAAAAGAUUAAAAAAAUGAUGGGAAAAGUGUGUGAAGCACAAGAAAGCUCCCUGUUCGAGUAAUUGAAAAAACAGCACUGACUGUCUGGGUUUCACCUGGAAACAGAAGCCAGACCAUGAAGGGCUUUGCAGGUUCAUUUUGUUUUUGUUUUUGUUUUUUAAGAUUUUAUUUAUUUGAGAGCAAUAGCACGUGCACACACACGCACACAAGUGGGGAGAGGAAAAGCAGACUCCAUGCUGAGCAUAGAGCCUGAUGCAGGGCUCGAGUUGGGGCUCGAUCCCACAACACUGAGAUCAUGACCUGAGCUGAUAUCAAGAGUCAGACACUUAAUUGACUGUGCCACAGGGCUUUGCAAUUUCUGUGAAAAAGCUUGGACGUAACCAACUUAGCCAGCGUGUGAAGUGUUACUUCUUUGAGAGAGGACUCUUGUAUACACACGAAUAGCCAGCUGCUCACUUCCAUGUAUUGUAACAGUGAAUUUCCAGUAAGGGGUAAGGGCUUCUCUGAUUUUUUUUUUCUUUCAAGUUCCAAAAAUCUGGACUGUCCUAGUAAAUUCUUUAAAGCCCUUUUUCUUUUCUGUUGUAAAAUUUACCACCUUAACCACCUUUAAGCAUAUAGUACGGUAGUGUUAACUAUAAGCACGUUGUCCUGCUAAAGUGCUUUUUAACCCUGUUUCUCUCAGGAAAAAAGCAAAGUGCACAGGCAAGAGGACAUAUACCAGCUCCUGAAGCUAUGUUUUCUUUCCCUGCAUCAUUAGAAGUAUUGGCAGUAAUUGCCCUGCAAAUAAUGCCGAAUUAGUAAGAAUCCCAUUACCUGUGUUUUGAUAAAUUGUAUUUUUAAAGAUAAAUGAUCCAGAUGGUAGGGCUCGGGCCCAUAUUAUGGUCUUAAAAACUAGCUGAAAUUGGGUAAUUCGUGUCUGACAGAUGUAACUUCAGCGGGGCCCCGAGGAUCCAUUCAUUUAGAACUUUUUCCCAAGCACUUACCAUGUGCCUGCCACGUGCUAGUUGUAGAGGACACAGUCAAAUAGGCUUAGUCCCUAAGACUGUGUAAAGGACGGCUGUGUGUUGUAAGGCGUUGGCAAAAUCCCAGGGACUUGGGAUUCGUGGCCAAAGCAGCCGAGCCAGGUGGGUGGAAGAUGAACCCAGGACGUCGGGCUAAGAAACAGGCUCUCAGCCUCAGCAUAGUGUAGAACAGCCCAGUGGCUGCUUCUUCAAGUUACGCCAUCUCCAACUUGGGGGGAAGGCUUGAAUGUGAGAGGAGCUUCAAAGAAGUAGCAUGAUAUUCUAAAGAGAAACUGCAUCAGAUAACCCCUAGCUGACCUGAGUCAGAAAACAAGCAAAGAAUCCGGGUGUUGGUUUGCUGACGGCCCCUGAACCUGCAAGGAGCCUUAGCACUGGUUGAUAGAGAAGUUCGUAGACAACUCAGCAGUAGAUUAGUACGCCACUGCUAAAAAUGAGAGACUCCAACUAAAAUUUAUUUGUAUAUAAGCUGUACCCCGAAGCCCAUCUGACACAGCAAAUGCUACCUAACUUAAAAUAGCCUGUACUGAACAUGGUGGACCAGAUGGAACAUGGAGGAUAAGAGGGAGGGGGUAAUUCUUGAUGCCAUACAAUCAAUGCGUUUCAGGACACCGGUAACUGACGUUUAAGACAAGGACUCGGUGCAAUCAGGAAAAAAAAAAAAAUCUUCAACUGCAGGUAUAGGCUAGCCAGAUGUUUGACUGGAUUUUUUUCUGGUCAAGACCAAAACUAUUUGUGUUUUCCCUCAAAUGUUUGGUGUGCAUGGAGGAUUUUGCCCUUGAUUUUGAUGCGGCAUGGUAAAACACCGGGUUUGGGAUUUCAAAGUCAUGGAUUGGGAUGCAGUGCUCCUUACUGGCUUUGUGACCUUCAGUCACUUAUCUUCACUGAACCUCCUUCUGUCUCUGUAAAAUCAUAGUAAUGCUCCACUAGAUUCAUGAAAUACUAAGAUUUGUGAAAAGUACCACGUGAAUCGUAAAAGAUGAAUCAAAUA